UUUGUAGAGCCCAAGUUUCGGAGCCCUAACUUUCGAAACAACACACUCUCUCUCUCUCACGGAGGCGACGACGAGCGGCGAUAGUGGUGGCUAGCGACGAUCGGCGAUCGGCGACAAUGGCGGCGAGCAGCGAUCGAAUCAUCGAUUCGAAGAUGGACAAGGCAUCCAUAAUCAAAGAUGCAAUUGACUACAUCCAAGAAUUGCAUGAGCAAGAGAGGAGGAUCCAAGCUGAUUUAAUACAGCUUGAAUCUGGAAAAUUGAAGAAAAAUGCAGUUUUUGACUUGGAUCAAGAGAUUCCAACCUUGUCAAGACUCAAGAAAAAGGGAAUUGAUCAUAGUUAUGAUUCAAGGAGAUCAA